AGCCAUGUGGACACCUCUAUUUUUAAGAACAACAAACUGUCAUUCACGGGUAAAUAUGAAAUAAUAGGUGUCUCAAUCUCAGUUAUUUUAUUAGUUUUCUUCGUAAAUGUGAAUAUAUCGUUCAUAAAUAAAGCUUUCACUAUAAUGUAAGCAUCCUUUUAAAUCUACAGCCAUUCGGACACACAUCCUUUGCAUCAACGACUUCCUGCUCGAGAUGCGUUUAUUUUAUGUUUACCCCAAGUACAGUGAAGAAUAGACUAAAAUGGAAUCGGGGACGGAUUGGCUCUGUGAGAUUCUGCAGAAUGUUCAACUGGAACAGUUUUAUUUACCUAUCAGAGAUCAGUUGCAGAUUACAAGACUAGCACAUUUCGACUAUGUGCAUGCAGAAGACCUUGAGAGGCUUGGCAUCAGCAAGCCCGGAGUGCGCAGGUUAUUUGAUGCAGUCAGGAAAAAGAAGUUGCAGCUAUGGAACCGAAAGUUUUGGAACAAAUUGUUUGGUUCAUCAUCCAGUUCAGUUUCGAAGGAGAAAAGUGAGUUAGCAGUGAGACCAUCACAGUCUGACUCAAGGACAACAUGUAUUAUAUUGGAAAAGGAUAUUGUAUUACAUAGUGAGAUAGGCAAUGGAUCAUUUGGAGUGGUCAAACGCGGAGAAUGGCGAGUGUCCGAACACCCGUCCCAAACAGUUCCUGUAGCAGUUAAAGUUUUGAAGGCUGAUGCAUUCUCACAGCCCGGGAUCUAUGAUGACUUCAGAAGAGAAGUGGAAGCCAUGCACAGUUUGAAACACCCAAAUUUGAUAAAACUACAUGGUGUAGUAUUCCAUCCAUUGAUGAUGGUAUGUGAACUGGCAGCUAUGGGGUCGUUACUGGACUACAUCGUAGCUCAGAAUGGCAAAGUGUCCUUAAACUACAUUUACAAGUGGUCGGAACAAGUGGCUUCUGGCAUGGCACAUUUGGAGAAGCAUAGGUUCUUGCACCGGGAUCUGGCAUGCAGGAAUAUAUUGCUGUCCACGUUGGAGUUGGUGAAGAUCGGUGACUUCGGAUUAAUGCGGGCUCUACCCGACGCCGACGAUUGCUACGUGAUGAGCGAGGGCCGGCGCGUGCCCUUCCCGUGGUGCGCGCCCGAGUCGCUGCGCAGCCGACAGUUCUCUCACGCCUCCGAUGUCUGGAUGUUUGCCGUGGCGCUGUGGGAAAUGUACACCUUUGGGGAGGAGCCUUGGAUAGGUUUAAACGGUUCGGAGAUACUCCGUCUAAUAAUGCGUGAAGGUCAACGUUUGUCGGCGCCGAAUGCGUGCCCGCCCGACGUGUACAUGCUCAUGAUGCAAUGUUGGGACCUCAACCCUAAGGAACGACCCACCUUCGCGGGCAUUCAGCGGUACAUUGAGACCAAUAAGUUCGAAACAGCCAUCGCUUCACUUAGCUACCGGCGGCCGAGCAAGAUGGCUAUUGACGCGGGUGACGCUAUCAUAUUGAUAGAUAAACGACCCGAGCUACACUGGUGGAAGGGGCAGAACCAACGAACUUUAGAAGUCGGACUAUUUCCUAGCACACUGGUGGCUAAUAAUUUGAAGAGCAGUAAAAACAAUGCAGCUAAGAAAUCGCUGACUUUAUCACCAGUGCAAAGAGGUAAACCUACACCUCCAUCCUCCAACGGUGUGUCGGACGACUUAGACGUUGUCCUGCGCAAGCGUCGUACGAUCGAGUCGACACAGCCGCCGACCACGCGAGCUGGCAACACCGGCAGCAAGCAUUUCAACUACAACAAGCUGACCAAUGACAGAGUGGCUUCGUUACAUCUAGAACGAACCCGCACUAGGGAGGCACAUUCUAAGAGCUUGAAUCAAGUGAAGGAAGACAUAUUGAUCGACCUGGAUCUGCCGCCCGCCACGAGACUGAGCACGCCCGCUAAAAAGUCCUCACCAAACAGUCAGAACGUCGUGUCUAUACUCGACGAACCUAUUGAUGUGCCAGAAAUAGGACUAGACAGUGACUGGGGUGACCAGAGCUUGGAGAGUCUGCCCGGCCUGUCAGCAAGUUCAUACAACAUCCAGAGUUUCACAAACCUGUACGGUGCUAAGUCCCUGGACAAUUUAUCUACGCCAUUACAUUUUAGCACAUCGCAGCCAACACAGCCCGACCCCUUCGACACGUCACAGUUCUGGCCCAACACGAACACAUCUAGAUCUAAUUACGAUAUAACAUUAAACGAAUCUAAUACAAGCCAACCACAAGAAUCUCACAGAUACGCUGCUAACAACCACGCAUCUACAAGCGCGGACAUAUCACAUAUUUACAAUAACUCGCCGUCCACGAGUGCCGCGAACUCUAACAACACUUACGGCAACGUGCCGACGUCUUACGCCAUGAAUAAUGCUCUCUCAGUAGAAAGAAACGUAUACGCACCAAGUGUGACUGCGUCCCUAGCAGAAAUGUCGCUGGACGACAGAAUUUCUGAAUCUCUUAACCUUAGAUCUAAAAGCAAUAACAGUGACUAUUUAUCUGGUGACUCCGCGUACAAUGCGCCAUCGACGUCCGCAGCUGCGAAUAAUGUCGCAGAAGACAAAAGAUAUAACGACAUUCCUCUUUACAAGAAUUACGAUAUCACUCCUGUUCAACAGCAGUUUAUAUUAGAAACAAAGGACUAUUAUACGAAGUUGUCGACGCCAUCGAAAGCUAACACUAGCAAUGAUUACGAGAAGAAUAUUUAUGUACCCAAGUAUGAGGAAGAAGCUGAGAAGUUGCGGAACUUUAGCGAUUGUGUGGAGAAUUCUAAGAAUUACUCUGCAUACAAGUAUCAGAAUGUUGACUUCGGUAAUUAUGCGGCGUAUGGUUACGGCGGCAGCGUGGCGUCGUCGUCUCGCGGGGACGCGCUGUACGACGAGGUCAAUGACACCGCGAGUAACUUCUACAGCGAGAUCGGCGAGCCGUCGUCGUCACGCAGCGUGUACGCGGCGCAGCCGGUGUACUCUAACGCUAACCUGUACGACGAAGUGUACGAGUCCGCGCCCCGUCCGCACCGCCCCGCGCCGCCCUGCCCUACCAAACCUAAAUAAUAAAUCAAAAUACGCGUAGUUCCCAAAACAAUUUAAAUAAAUGCUGCAAAAUAUACUAUACUGUUAAGUUACCAAAUCGGAUGUUAUCUUUGUGCCUUCUAAUUUCUAAUUCAUAGAACAGUAAUUCGACUGAUUAACAGGUUGGCAUUUCAUAAGACUUGUAUCACACUUUUAUCAUAGUGUGAAUUUGAGAACUAUUUGUGUAGUAAAUUACUCUUUGUUAGGUAUAAUUUUAAUGCAUUGAACGCAUAUCUGAAUUAGUGUAUUUGUAAAUAAUUAUUAGGUAGUCUUCUGAAAUGUCAAUUUAUAUAAGACUGACAGCAUUUCAAAAUUGACCCCAAAAAUAUCGUAAGAUCUGUCCUCUCGUACAUUUUCUCUAUCUAACCCCCGAAACUUAGUUUCACCCAGUGAUCGCGAUUAAUAUUUCUUUAUUAUCGAAUUAAAUGUGCAACGUUAUACCUACAUAAUAACAUAUACUGAUAUUAUUGUAACUGUAUACUCGGUUCAUGUAACGAUUUUUUAUAUAUCUUCUUAUACAUAUACAUAAUGUUAUGUAAUAUCGAAGCGAUUUAUGUUGCGGAAUGUUAUUUUUAUAUGUACGAUUAUAUUUUCUUAGUGUACACGAUAUUAAUUUUUCUACGCAAGCAUGACGAUUUAGGAGAGUUUACAUUAGUUUGAAGUCGUCAUUUUAUCUUCGUUAAUUUUAAAUACUUUUUUUAUUUGUGCAUUCAUGUCAACUGGACAGAAAAAUAGCAGAGAAUCUCGCAAUCGACUUUUUGAACUAGAAAAAAGUAUUUUCAUUUGCAUGCUUCAUAGAUUUGUAAUUAUUUCGUUAGUCAACAUUGGCAGCAUGCAUUAUAGUCUAAGUGAAAUUAGUUUUAUUAUUUAAUUCGGAGCGUUUACAAGUUUACAACUUUUAUGUGUAUUUCUCGAAUGUUUACUCAUUUUAUUAGUUUUAUACUGUCCUUCUAUUUUGAAGGCUCAUACACUUUAUAUUCGACCUUAUUACUAAAAGUUGUUGAGUGAAAUAUAAUAUAAAUUGUAUGAGUUUUCGGUUAGUGGGCGUUAGUGUGCUAUUUAUUUAGUUAAGUUUAGUCGGAGAACAUCACACGGUGCCUCACCAAUAAGUACCUGCUAGUUUAGUUAGUUUGACGAAAGCUGAGUUACUGCGUCAAGGGCACGAUAUUAAGUCAUUUUUGUAACUAUUUAUUUAACUUUGUCUAGUGAUUUAAGCUUGCCUUCAUUGCCGGAUCGAUACAUCACGAUUUUAUACUGUUCGAGCAUAAUUUUUCGCAAAUGCAGCUAUUGUAUAGUUUUUUUUUGUAGUUUAGUUAAAUGUAGUUAAAUGACGACAGACGGAAAUUUAAAUUUUAUUUUGUAUUAUACAGCAAUUUAAAUAUCUUAGCCUGAUAUUAUAAUCUAUACUAAUAUUAUAGAGCUGAAGAGUUUGUUUGUUUGUUUGUUUGAACGCGCUAAUCUCAGGAACUACUGGUCCGAUUUGAAAAUUUCUUUCAGUGUUAUAUAGCCCAUUUGUCGAGGAAGGCUAUAGGCUACUUUUUAAUACGGUACGGGAAGUAGUUCCCACGGGAUGCGGGUGAAAACGCUGGCAGAAGCUAGUAUCUCAUAUAAUGUGUAAACUGUUGGUGUAUUCAAUGAUUUGUAUUCGUAUUUAUUCUUGUGAGUACGAGAAAAAAAUAUAACACUACGAUUUGGAUCCGGCGAAGAAACCUUUCAAUAUUGAUAAA